AAGCCUGUAGGGGGCAGUAGAGAGCGAACUUGGGAAUCGAACAAUAAUAGAAAUAUGGCGUGUUAGCUAAACCUGCUACGUUAGAGUCAUUUAUCCCUCGAUACUUUAAAGAAAUGAAAUUGUACUGUUUGUCAGGUCAUCCUACAUUGCCUUGCAAUGUGCUCAAGUUCAAGUCCACCACUAUCAUGCUGGACUGUGGACUGGACACUACAUCUGUCCUCAACUUCCUGCCUCUUCCUCUUGUGCACAGUCCCAGACUCUCCAAGCUCCCUGGCUGGAUUUCAAAGGAUGGAACAAUAAAUUUGGAAAAGGAGCUAAAGGAAUGUGCCGGAAGAGUAUUUGUGGACUCGCAGCCUGAGUUUUGUCUACCUGAGAAAGAGUUAUUGGAUUUGUCAACAAUUGAUGUCAUCCUUAUCUCCAACUACCACUGCAUGAUGGCCCUGCCAUACAUCACUGAACACACUGGCUUCACAGGGACCGUGUACGCCACAGAGCCCACCUUACAGAUCGGGAGACUGCUGAUGGAAGAGCUGGUGAACUUCAUGGAGAGGGUUCCUAAAGCUCAGAGUGCCACCUCAUGGAAAAAUAAAGACAUGCAAAGGCUGCUUCCGGGGCCGCUGAAGGAUGCGGUUGACGUGUGGACGUGGAAACGAUGCUACGGCAUCCAGGAGGUUAACUCAGCCCUCAGCAGAGUGCAGCUCGUGGGUUAUUCCCAGAAAGUGGAGCUGUUUGGAGCUGUGCAGGUCUCCCCGUUAAGCUCUGGCUACUCACUAGGAAGCUCCAACUGGAUCAUCCAGUCCCAUCAUGAGAAAGUGGCGUACGUGUCGGGUUCAUCGCUGCUCACCACACACCCACAGCCGAUGGACCAGAGCUCCUUAAAGAACAGCGAUGUUCUCAUUCUGACUGGGCUCACCCAGAUGCCCACAGCCAACCCAGAUGGCAUGCUGGGAGAAUUCUGCAGUAACCUGGCCAUGACGAUCCGGGCGGGAGGAAACGUGUUGGUGCCCUGCUACUCCUCUGGAGUCAUUUAUGACCUCUUGGAGUGUCUGUACCAGUUCAUCGACAGCGCAAACCUGGGGACCACGCCCUUCUACUUCAUCUCCCCUGUAGCCAACAGCUCGCUGGAGUUCUCUCAGAUCUUUGCAGAGUGGCUUUGCCAUAACAAGCAAACAAAGGUUUAUCUCCCAGAGCCUCCGUUUCCACAUGCAGAGCUGAUUCAGACCAACAAGCUGAAGCACUACCCCAGCAUCCAUGGAGAUUUCAGCAGCGACUUCCGGCAGCCCUGCGUGGUUUUCACUGGCCAUCCCUCCCUCCGCUUCGGGGAUGUAGUUCACUUCAUGGAGCUGUGGGGCAAAUCCGGCCUGAACACCAUCAUAUUCACAGAGCCGGAUUUCUCAUACCUAGACGCUUUGGCUCCAUACCAGCCGUUGGCCAUGAAGUGUGUGUACUGUCCCAUCGACACGAGACUCAACUUCCACCAGGUGGCCAAGCUGCUUAAGGAGGUUCAGCCCCUCCAUGUGGUGUGUCCGGAGCAGUACACCCAGCCUCCCAUGACCCAGUCCCACCGCUCAGACCUGAUGCUGGAGCUGCAGCCCCCCCCUAUGCCCUACAGACGCUGCUCAGUCCUCAACCUGCCCUUCAGACGCCGCUACGAGCGCGUCUACAUCCUGCCGGAGCUGGCCCACUCACUUGUUCCCACUGAGGUGAAACCUGGCGUUUCCAUAGCAACCGUGUCUGCAGUGCUGCACUCAAAGGACAAUAAACACACCUUACAGUCGGUGCCCAAACCCCCUCCUGUGCCCCCCACCAAGAAAAGGAAACGGGUGAUGGAGGAGCCCCCGGUGGCCCCCAAACCGCUGCUGAGUGGCGCUGUGCCCCUGGAAGCCUUCCUAGCCACAUUACAAAUGCACGGCAUCACAGAGGUUAAAGUGGAAGAGACGGCGGACGGUCACAUUCUCCACCUGCAGGCGGAGGACACCCUGAUCCAGCUGGAGGAGGACGGGACGCACAUCGUCUGCGACAACAAUGAGCCGCUGCGCACAACGCUGCGAGACCUGGUCCUGCGGUUCCUGCAGAAACUCUGAGGGCUCUGUGAGCUGCUGUCCUCCUGCACUGUUGGUGUACAGCAACAGGAGGAGGCAGCAAAGCAGCCACUGUGUCCGGUUGGUUUCGAAAAAGGCGUUGCUUCUUGCAGAAAGGGAUGGAGUUCUUCCCCCUGGAGGCAGUGCAUUUGGAAGGUUUCCAGUGUCGACAUUCUGUGAUGUAACUGGCAGCUUAAUCAUGACCUUUGUUUUGAUGCAGGAGAUUGAGGGCCAGGUUUGUUCAUGAUGAACGUUAAUAAGAAAAAAAAGUGUGUUUGGAUCCAAAUACAAAUGGGUUUCUCCCAACUAACCAAUGAUUCAAGCACUCUGGACUCUUUCUGUGUUUGUAUUUUGAUAGACCAUGUGAUUCAGCCUUUCUACUGAGUCGAACUUUCUGUAAUCAUUUGAAUGUGGGUGAGGAUUUCUUCCAUUAAGCCUAUCCUCAACUUCUUACAUUAAAACAGAUUUUUUCUUUUUUUUUACUUGGAGUCUUUCUCUGCAUCCAGAAGGGCAGAGCGGAUGCCCAGCUUCUUCAGUUCAUCAACUAGAUCUCCGUUUUGAUGCAUCUGGAGCAAGAUGUCGCAGCCUCCCACAAACUCCCCCUGGAAGUAGACCUGAGGGAUCGUGGGCCAGUUGGAGAAGACUUUGAUUCCUGAAAGCAGAGGGAAAACUUAGGAAUCCAGAGAGAGUGGACAACUGUUGACCAGCAUGGCAAUCUAGACUUCAAUACUUUUAGAGAUGGUAUAGAUUUGUUUUAAUGUAUUUUUUGCUGCUUAUAUAUAUCCAGCUGUGACAGUUUGUCUUGAAGCACCACACCCUGCUGCAAGACACUGAUAACAGAUGGAUACAAAUAAAGGUUGUUUUGAAUAGACAAUGUUUAGAACCAUUUAACCAAGUACCAACAAAGUAAGAAUAAAGUACACACUAAAAAAGAA